ACGCCCGCCCGGGAGGAGACCCUCAGAAGCUUGGCAGGGGAGCAAGAGAGGAGAGUGGGUUCUGCUAGGGGAAGGAGGCCCGAGUUUCACCCGAGGGGCGCGUUAGAGGCCUCGGCCUUUCAGUCCAGGGGAAAAAGAGGCAGGUGCUGUUCCGAAGGCGUGGUGACUGGGUGGGCAGUGUGAGCAGGGGACGAGGAGGAAGAGCUCCAGGGGAAAGUGAACAGGCCCCUGCCUUUCCGAUGAGGGGGCGGUAGGAAGAUGCCUCAGAGCCUCAAGUAGGAAUGGGAAAGGUCCAGACCUGUGAGGGAACGAGAGAUUGAGUAUGUCAGGGGUAUGUCAGGGGGUGGGAAAACCCAUGUUUUGGAGGACCGGAGAGAAUAUAAUUGAGGGGAAGAAAUGACAUUUCCACUUUCAGAAGGGACAGAGGAACUGGCUAGCUGUCUCCUAAUUGAGGGGCAGAAAGGAUGAGAGCAGAGCCUUACCUGAGAGCCCUGGAGAGGGAUCCACCAGACCAGACUAAGGCGUGUCCAGCCUUGACCUAGGGAGUGGGGGAAAGCUUGCCUAUCCCAGAACAGGAGGAGGUCUGAAUUCUCUUCAAAUGAGAGAAAUCCCUAAAGUACUUUCCUAGCAGACACAGAAGGGGCCUUCUUUGGUGUCUGUCUAGGAGAACCAAUAACUGGGUUUCCCUCAACUUGGAGGAUUAGGGAAAGGGAGGAUCAGAUCAUUCUAGAGUCACAGAGGGAUUCUUCUCCCUUGCCUCUGGUAAUGUUACCAAAGUGCUUUCGGAGGACCUUUUCAUUAAAUGUUUGGAAGGUCUUCCUUAACUCGUAAGCCUUUUAUCAAUUAUGGACACUUAACAUAUACUGACUUGAUGACUUUUUUCAUUAGUCAUUAGUCAACCACUUAUUCAUGUUUACCUUAACAAAUGCAUAUUAAAUAGCUAAUUUGUAUUCAAAUUCAUCUGGUAAGCUUGGGCCCUAAAUUGGUCUUGUCCUAAGCAGAAGUCCCCUAGAGUCUAUCGUGAUGACCCUUCAAAGAAUGCUUUUAUCCCAUUGCUUCCCCAAACACCUGUCUUCAAUAUGUGACCUAUCCCAAACUUCAUUUGCUUUGGCUAUGUCCUUCACAGUGGUCCUGUGUAGCAUUCUUGUUGGCUUUUUUACAUAUGAUAACACCCUGGAUCACCUACUGAAUGCAUGAGAAGGAAUAAAGAAUAAAAUGAAGUUUCGGCCUUAAGUAAUAAUAAAGUUUUAACUUCACUAUAUUAUUAUUGUAUAUAUUAUUAUAAUGGGAAUUUCUUAAUAGACUACACAAUCUACAAAAAAUUAUAAUACAGUAUGGAAUAAAUACCUUUUGGGGUUAGAAAGUUUCAGGGUAUCUGCUACUUUUACCUUUUCAACUAUCAACUCUGAUGUCCCUGCGAACAUGUGACACUCAUGAUUUUGCCACGUUUUAAACAUUAGUUUUCAGGGGUGCCUGGCUGGUUUAGUCGAUGGAGCGUGGGACUCUUGGUCUCAGGGUCAUGAGUUUGAGUCCUGUGUUGGUACAGAGAUUACUUUUAAAAAAAAAAAAAGAAACAUUCGUUUUCAAAGCGCAAAAGAUGAAUUUAAUCCAGAGUAGGUCAGAUGUCAUUUGUUUAGUUUUCCAGUAGUUAAUGUGAAUAGGCUUGUGCUGACUCUUGAUCAAGGUAUCUUUUUUGUCUUUGAAAAGAAAUACAAAAUAAUUCUUUUCACAGAGAUUUGACAUCUUUAUGUGUGUUCCCCUACAAUUGGAGUGUUGUGUGAUUACACAAUGAAUACUCUAAGGCCCCUUCCAUGAAAUACCCAAAGGAGCAGCUCAGUCAUCUUGCCUCAGGAGUUUUUGUUGCUAUAAACAAGAGCUACUUUUCAGUUUAUACUCACCUCAAAGAGAUGACCUUUCAGUUAGCCAGUGUAGUCUGUAGAGCUGGUUUCAGGUUACUUGUCAGGAAUGUGGUAUUUAGGUUAAUGAGAUAUAGUCAACCUAAACUUGCUUCUCUAAAGAAUGUAAGGAUUGCCAUGUUGGAUCAGACCUGUGUCUCUUACUGACACUGAAAGACAUAUUGUGGAUGAUUAUAAUUAUCUUCUUGGAUAAACUCAGAAGGUUAGAGAAUAUUUCUCAUGGGUUCUAAGGAGUGGGAGGGCUAAGGAGUAAAAUAGGAGUUCCUACUGAGGAAAGUAUUAAUCAAGUAGUUAGUCAACCACUUAUUCAGAGUGUUGUAGAGAGGACUCAACCUUAGAGUAGAAGGUUAAAACCAGAAGCAUCCUUCUAAUUCUCCUCUAACCCAUUAAUUUACUUAAGCUAUUUAAACAUUUUUAAACCACUGUUUUAGAAUAAUAAUUCCGUAAGUUUGUUCCAUGCUAAAGUAUUAUUACAUCUUUUAAAUUCAUUCACUAUGUCCUAGUAACAGAAUAGUGCUUGACAAUAAAUGUCCAACAAGUGUUAGCUGUGAUUAUUUUAGUUCAAGCUACAUUUCAUUUAUUUGUCUGUUUAUUUUGAGAGAGGGAGAAGCAGAGGGAGAGAGAGAAUCUUAAGCAAGCUCUGCGAUGAUGCAAAUCGAGCUCCAAGGUCCUGUGUGAGGCUUGAUUCCAAGACCCUGGGAUCGUGACCUGAGCGGAAAUCAAGAGGCGGAUGCUCAACUGACUGAGCUACCCAGGCACUCCUAAGCUACAUUUUAAUGGUUCAAAAUUUGAAGAUAUCUAUUGGUUCAAUUAUUCUAGAAUUUGAUAGCAUUUGAUAGUAUUUCUUAUUCGUAUCCCUUUUUGUUUUUUUCUAGAGUCUAAGGUCCUAAUUGUUUUGGUUCUCCUGUUGGCAGCCAGCUGAACCAGUCCAUUGAUUGUCUCUUUUAUCCCUAGUUUUAAACCUUUAAAUUGCAGAAGUUCAGAUAGUGUACUGUAAUAUCUUACAAUUAAUUUUUUUCUAGUAUAUGACAAUGUCGUGCAUCCCUUUCCUUCGUUUAGUUCCUGAAGAGCACCUACUCUCCCAUUUCAUAUCCAAGCCCAGCUAUCUGACUUCAUGUGAAAGAUGGCUAAUGCAGAAGUAAGUGUUCCAGUGGGGGAUGUGGUUGUGGUUCCCACUGAAGGAAAUGAAGGGGAGAACCCUGAAGACACUAAAACCCAAGUGAUCUUGCAGCUCCAGCCUGUGCCGCAAGGUUUGUUUAUCGAUGGACACUUUUACAACAGGAUUUAUGAACCUGGGUCCGAGAACAACACGGCAGUCGUGGCAGUAGAAACUCACACAAUUCACAAAAUUGAAGAAGGGAUUGAUGCAAGCACUAUAGAAGCAAAUGAGGAUAUGGAAAUUGCUUACCCCAUAACUUGUGGGGAGAGCAAAGCCAUUCUUCUCUGGAAGAAGUUUGUAUGUCCAGGAAUAAAUGUGAAAUGUGUCAAGUUCAAUGAUCAGUUAAUCAGUCCCAAGCAUUUUGUUCAUCUGGCUGGCAAGUCUACCCUAAAGGACUGGAAGAGAGCCAUUCGUCUGGGUGGAAUCAUGCUCAGGAAAAUGAUGGACUCCGGACAGAUUGAUUUUUACCAACAUGACAAGGUUUGCUCCAAUACCUGCAGAAGCACCAAAUUUGAUCUUCUUAUCAGCAGUGCAAGAGCUCCAGUGCCAGGACAGCAAACAAGUGUGGUGCAGACACCCACUUCGGCCGAUGGUAGCAUCACACAGAUUGCCAUCUCAGAAGAGAGCAUGGAAGAGGCAGGGCUGGAAUGGAACUCAGCCCUCACUGCUGCUGUCACCAUGGCUACCGAGGAGGGUGUGAAGAAAGACUCAGAGGAAAUUUCAGAGGACACUUUGAUGUUCUGGAAAGGAAUCGCCGAUGUAGGACUGAUGGAAGAAGUUGUCUGCAAUAUACAGAAGGAGAUAGAGGAGCUACUCAGGGGAGUUCAGCAGCGGCUCAUUCAGGCUCCCUUCCAGGUAACAGAUGCUGCUGUUCUCAACAAUGUAGCACAUACAUUUGGCUUGAUGGAUACAGUAAAGAAGGUUUUGGACAACAGGAAGAACCAAGUAGAGCAGGGAGAAGAGCAAUUUCUCUACACUCUGACUGAGCUGGAACGCCAGUUGGAAGAGCAGAAGAAGCAAGCUCAGGAUCACAGGCUGAAAUCUCAGACGGUUCAAAAUGUGGUACUGAUGCCCGUGAGCACUCCUAAGCCUCCAAAAAGGCCCCGGCUCCAGCGACCAGCUUCCACCACAGUCCUGAGCCCUUCUCCUCCGGUCCAGCAGCCUCAGUUCACAGUCAUCUCACCCAUCACCAUCACCCCAGUGGGCCAGUCAUUUUCCAUGGGCAAUAUUCCAGUGGCCACCCUCAGCCAGGGCUCCAGUCCUGUGACUGUUCACACACUGCCUUCUGGCCCUCAGCUCUUCCGCUAUGCGACAGUGGUCUCCUCUGCCAAGAGCAGCUCACCAGACACAGUGACCAUCCACCCUUCAUCUAGCUUGGCGCUGCUAAGCUCCACUGCCAUGCAGGAUGGGAGUACCCUGGGCAACAUGACCACUAUGGUGAGCCCGGUGGAGCUGGUGGCCAUGGAGUCUGGCUUGACCUCGGCGAUCCAGGCUGUUGAAAGCACCUCAGAAGAUGGGCAGACCAUCAUUGAGAUUGACCCAGCCCCAGACCCAGAGGCUGAGGAUACUGAGGGCAAAGCAGUCAUUUUGGAGACAGAGCUGAGGACUGAGGAGAAAGUUGUGGCUGAGAUGGAAGACCACCAGCAUCAAGUCCACAAUGUGGAGAUUGUGGUCUUAGAGGAUUAACUGGGGGAUCUCAGGGCCAGGAGAUAUGCUUUGGUUUGGGAUUUUAAUUAUUUGUUUAUUUUUAUCAUUGUCCCACUCAUUUCCACAUAGGAUCCUUUUUUUAAAACAAAAUCUCAUUGUUGUAAUGGAAAAUGUUGGGUCCCUCCCUCCCCCUCAUUGACAAAUGGACAAAAACAAGCUGUCCUUCCAGAAGUUGAGAGUAGGUCACUCAAUGUCUAAAUCCUUUUACACAAAGAAAGUUAGUUCUUUUAGGGGAGGCAUCAAGAUAACAAGAAACACUGUCCAGAAAGCCCUUUCCAGGCUAGUCUGUCUGUGUAUGCAUGCGGUUUUAUAUUUGUAAAGAUGCAUUGACCAAACUCUGGAACGCAGAUCUGACACUGGAAGGCCACCCACCCACACAUGGACGCUGAAGGAUACUUUAUUGUGUAUCCUGGAAAGGGCCCUCAGAGGCCAGUGCAAACGAAACUCUGAAAGGAAAGCAAGUUGAACUGUGCUGAGAGGGGAAGGUGGCAUAUCAGCAGCAGCUAGAUAAGGGAAGUGCUUUGGCCAGGAUGGGGCAGGGAAAUUAUCUUCCAGAAGUGCAACUGAUGCCUCUUGACAUCUAUAAGGGAUAUGACCAUGGGUGCCAUUUUGAGGAGAGGCCAGUAAUAAGUGGAAGGGUAUGUCUCCAUGGACCCAGUGGCAUCAGGGGCCUGGGGCCUGGGGCUUUGCAGAAAUAGAAAUCUGAGUUGUCACAGCUGUGCUUUGUGAUUCAAGCUCACUUUCCCCUUCUUCCCCAACUUUGUCAAAGCACUUAACCCCACCCCCCCAACUAGGAUCAAUCCAUUCAUUUACAAACUAUGUGAGGUGGUGUAAAUGUCUCCAGUUCCGGACUGUGGCUGUCAUGGGGGUGGGGCUCCAAGGCCAUUGUUUUUAUUGCAGGACUCCAGGUGCAGGGCAGUUCCUCAUCCAGACCAGCUGCCCUUUUUCGUGGGGCCCUUUUUUGGCUUUGGAACCAAAAGCAGCCACGCAUUUGGUGCUUCCUCAUGUUCUGCCCUCCAUCCCUCAACUGUUAAUGGCAUCUGUCUCCUGGAUCCCACGCUCUUCAGCUUUUUGGCUGAUUUGGAGAACAGCGACAGGUGCCUGCCUGCCUUCAUCCUCUUUUAGAUUCAUUUAUACCACGGAUGUUUCUGUGAGAUAUUGAGCUCAUUAAAAAACAAAAAAACAAACAAACAAAAGAAACCCGUGGGCUUGGCAGGGAAGACUCAACAGCCCCACCCUAUCCUGAGGCACCAAGUAGAUGUCUCCUCCUGAUCCGGCUGGACUCCCUGGGAAAGAAGCAUUGUCUGCAAUAUUAUAUUAUAGGAAUGUACCAGGAAUAUCAAUAAUAAUAUCUUUGGGGGGGGUUAUUAUUUUUUUAUGUUGUUUGUAUAUUGAGAGCUGGGCCAUUUUCUGUGCUGUGAUUCCUGCUCUUUGACCAUUUUCAGUGUUUGGGGCAAGAGUGGACCCUGGUUUUUAUUUCUUUGAUUGCAUCGUUUACUGCACUAGGAAAAAUAUAGCGAAACUGCAGACAAUUUAAAAGGAAAAAGAGGUCAAAAAAGAAAGCACACACCUUAGGAGUGGGAGAGGUUUUUUUUAUUAAAAGCAAAACUUUGACUUAUAGUUUCUUUUUUUUUUUUUUUUUUCUAAGAAGGCACCCACUGAAGCCAUGUUUCUUCCAACACAUGUUGGAAACCCUGUUGUCAAGCAAGUGAAGAUUGCAUUCUGCCAUCUUUCAGAUGGCUUUAAUAGCUAGUGAAGCCCUCUAACUUUGGAGGGCCAAUCUUAAAAGCCUUAAGGGUGAGAUUUCUUAACCCCAUGUAUUUGUGGCUUUCAGCUUUAAAAUUGUCUGGGGUUUUACUUUUCUCUUCAAAAUGUUUAUUAGGUGUAGCAAUCAGCUUAGAACAAACCUUCAGCCCUUUAGCGAAGGAAGUGGCUUUUAUUAUUGCUUCUUUAGGUUUUCUGAUGGUACAUAAACAAAACCAAAAUUUCGGUCUAAGCCUAAAAUUGCUACUUGAACCUAGGAAGGCACAUGUCAUCCCUAUCAUGGUUUUUAGGGACACUUUUCUCUUUCCCAGAAAUAAAAGUUCCGAUUCAGGAAGAGGGGGAGCCCUAGAGAACACCCACACACUAGCUCAGGUUCCUUUCUUCUGUCAGCUAUUGUUGGUAGUGUUUUAAAAACAGUGUGAGCACCAUGCUUCCAAAGUCAAGAGAUCUCCUCCUCCUAAAGACAGAGCCUGUUUACUUGCACUCUUUGAAUAGUCCGGCUGGUGGAAAUACACGAGCUUUGUUGUUUUCCUGGUCUUCCAAUAGCCUGUCGUUAUUGCUAGCUGCUGUGGUACCUGUUGUGUGGGGGUUUCCUCAGAACCUUGGUCUAAAUGAUCUCAGACAGCGUGAGAAAUAUGCAAGCCAUUGCUAUGUGCACAAGCAGCUGCAAUGAAUCAUUCCUCAGGCUGACUUGGCAGUAGCCAUCUAUAUUUCUGUUCAUUCAUUAAAUAAACCUUUAUAAGUACCAUCUACAUGCCAGGCUUUGUGCUAGGCACUGGCAGUACAGAGAUGAAGACAGAGUUCCAGCACUCAAGGACUUCAUACUUCACAGGUUGUCUGGAGUUAAGAACUGUAUUUCAAUAUAAUUGGUUUUCUUUUGUAAUCCUAUGUAUUUUCUUUCAUGCACUGAAAUACAUUAUUCUGCAAAUGAGUCCAUAGGUUUCAGCAGACUCCCAAGAGGCACAACAAAGUUAAGCCUUUUCUAGUGAGAUACUGAAAUGUAUUGGGUUAAGUGUGGUGACAGAGCUACUGGCUGGGAGCUGAGAACAAAGGGUCACGGACCUGAUCCAGCUUAGGGAUGGGGUCAGCAAAUACAGGAGUACUUCCUGGAGAAGGUGUAUACCUAAACUAAUUUAGGAGAGAACAUUUUUGGCCAGUUUUUGUUUGUUUGUUUGUUUAUGUACUCCAUUUCAAGUAGUUGGGCUUAUUGAUGUAAGAGGGGGGAAAAUCCUGAGUCUCUUGCUGCCUCUGCCUCCAGAGCUAGGCAGUCAGCAGCAUGGGCUAUCUCCUGAGAGUAUCCCACUGGGAAAAGCCGAGUCGUGUGUCAGCUUCUCUGAAUUUCCAUCAGAGGAAUCCAGUGCCGGACUGGAAGUUUAGCUGGUAGAAGGUAAAUGCCCCACCCUUCCUGCCCUGUGGUUUCCACAAAGGCCCUGGAGUCAAUUGUACCAAGGUCAUAUCUUGGUUAUGCCCCUGCCUUGUUCUUCUCCUAUCAAUCGCUAGGUUCCUUCCCUAUACCCACCCCUCAAACAAAACAAACUCCCAGUUACUCUGAAUUUAAAAAAAUGGACAAUAUACCUGAAUAAUCAAGAUUCAAAGCCACUUCA